GAGUCCGAUUGGGCAACACCACGAGAACAACGACAACAGCAAUAUAAGACAACAACAAUCCAACGGCACGGGCCACGCAUUCGCGAUCCCCAUUCGAUCUAUCAAUCGCGUGUUUUUCGGUUUUUUCUUAUUUUUUUUUUUUGGUUGCUUGUUCUUUUUUUGUUAUUCGUAAAGUGUUAAAAAGUGCCGACUAGCAUGACUAGCAAAUGGAAUCUGUGUCUGUUGAUUGCCGGCUGCUUGGCUCUGGUCGCCGGCCAGGAGAGCAACGUGCUACUUGAGACUCUCAAUUUUCUGCGACGCGGUCAAACGGAAGUCAAUCUGGAGAACUAUGACAACACCAGGCAAAUGGAGAGUGAAUACGAUUUCAUUGUCGUCGGCGCCGGCACUGCUGGCUGCGCCUUAGCCGCCCGUCUCUCCGAGAACCCCAACUGGAAGGUGCUGCUACUCGAGGCCGGCGGACCCGAGCGUCUCAUUAUGGACGUGCCAAUUGUGGCGCAUUUUCUGCAGCUGGGCGAAAUGAAUUGGAAAUACCGCACUCAACCCUCGGAUCAUGCCUGCCUGGCGAUGAACAACAAUCGUUGCAACUGGCCGCGUGGCAAGGUCAUGGGUGGCAGCUCGGUGCUCAACUACAUGAUGUACACCCGAGGCAAUCGUCGCGACUACGAUCGCUGGGCCGAGCUGGGCAAUCCCGGCUGGAGCUGGAAGGAGGUGCUGCCGUACUUUAAGAAAUACGAAGGCAGCUCUGUCCCCGAUGCCGAGGAGGAUAUGGUCGGUCGCGAUGGCCCCGUCAAAAUUGGCUACAUCAACUGGCGCUCAAAGAUCGCCGAAGCGUUCGUCGAUGCCGCUCAACAGGACGGUCUCAAGUAUCGCGAUUACAAUGGACGCAUUCAAAACGGCGUCGCCUAUCUGCACACAACCACCCACAAUUCGACACGCUGGAGCUCCAAUCGCGCCUAUCUCUAUCCCAUCAAGGGCAAACGCACCAAUCUGCACGUGAAGAAGAAUGCGCUAGUCACCCGUGUGCUCAUCGAUCCACAGACCAAGACCGCCUACGGUAUCAUGGUGCAGGCCGAUGGACGCAUGCAGAAGGUGCUGGCCAGAAAGGAAGUCAUCGUCUCGGCUGGCGCCAUCAAUACACCGCAAUUGCUGAUGUUGUCGGGCGUGGGACCUGCCAAGCAUCUACGUGAGGUGGGCAUCAAGCCAAUUGUGGAUCUAGCGGUGGGCUACAAUCUGCAGGAUCAUACGGCGCCAGCUGUGACAUUCACCACGAAUUCAACAUCACUGAAGUUCGAGGACUUUGCCGAUCCCACGUGGCUGACGCGCUUCAAUCGCAGAGAGGGACCAUACGGUUCACCUGGCGGCUGUGAGGCGAUUGCUUUCUGGGAUCUGGAUCAUGAGCGCGAUGCCGAUGGCUGGCCGGAUAUUGAGCUGUUUUUGGUGGGUGGAUCCAUGUCCUCCAAUCCGGCAAUUUCUCGUGCCUUUGGUCUCAAGAAAUCCAUCUAUGAUUCGGUGUUUGCUGAGAUCGAAGACAAGUCGCUGAACGCCUUCAUGAUCUUCCCUAUGAUUUUGCGUCCCAAGAGCCGUGGUCGCAUUAUGCUGAAGAGCACGGAUCCCUUCAAGUAUCCCCUGAUAUAUGCCAACUACUUUUCGCAUCCCUACGAUGUGGAUAUCUCGGUGCGUGGCCUUCUCAAGGCCAUUAGCCUGAUGGACCAGCACGGCAUGAAAGCAAUCAAUGGCAAAGUCUGGGAGCGCAAGAUUCCCACCUGCAAGCAGCAUCCAUACAAGAGCUGGGCCUACUGGGCCUGCUACGUCCGUCACUUUACCUUCACCAUUUACCACUACUCGGGCACUGCGAAAAUGGGACCCAAAUCGGAUCGUGCCGCUGUCGUCGAUGCUCGUCUACGUGUCCAUGGUAUUCGGAAUCUGCGUGUGGCCGAUGCCAGCAUAAUGCCUGAGAUUAUGUCCGGUCAUCCCAAUGGACCCAUCUUCAUGAUAGCCGAGAAGGCUGCCGAUAUGAUCAAACAGGACCAUGGCUUUAUCAACUGAAGAUCGACAAGUCCUCCAUUUAGGGUUAGAUUUCACAUCAGGUCUUUUGAGUUCCGCUUAGCUGUUUCAUUCUAUUCCAUCUCAGUGAACGGGGCUGUGUUUUUAUAAUCUUGCCAACAGCAUUCAAAACUAUCCACGCUUUUGUAUAAUAAUUUAAUGAACUGAUUCUAAUUUAAGCAUAGCUCUUAAGUAUUAAAUAAAAUAUGAAAUAU